AGUUGUCAUUUCUUUUGUGUGUGGAUUAUUGUUAACCUUCUUGCAAUAAAGUUCCACAUUUAUUCGCAAAAUAAUUAAAUUGUGCUCGUAAUUAAAGUUAGUGUGAGUUAUGACCUCUCCACUGUUAUUGUCAGACUGCAAAAAAGCAGUUUCUGAUUUAAAAAGUCUAAGUAAUGACGAAUUGGAUAAGAUAAUGAACGAUGAGGAAAAAAUCGAAAACAUUCUUUCAUCUUUAGAUCAGUCAUAUUUGAAAGAAAUUGAAACACAAAAAGAGCGAUUAUUAGAGAGCAACAGAAUCCUAGCCGAGGAGAACUUAUCACGAGAGCCUGAAUUAGUAGAAGGACGUGAAAAAUUGCAAGAAAUGAACCAACAAGCUGAAGAGUUAUCUAAAUCGGUUGAGGAGAAAGUCAAACAAAUAAAAAGUAAAAGUGGUGAUUUGUCCCUUGAGACAUCACUAGCGUUACUUCAAACGGCCGCAAGUGAAAUGGAGGAAAAAUCAGAAGCACUUGUAAAAUCGUUUUUGGAAAACGAAAUUGAUUUAGAAAAUUUUCUUGAGGAGUUUUUCACAAAAAGAAAACAAGUUCAUUUAAGGUUGAUAAAAGCGGAACAGUUGUCAAAAAUUAUUUCAAGGGGGGCUGUGGGAGGCACGUCAAAUUAUAUGAAUGCACCUGCAAUUCCCAUUAAUACUAAUUAUUUCCCGGGGAUUCCCACUCAGAAUGUGCCUUAUCCAACAGGACCCAUUGGGAUGCCCAUGCCUGGGAUUAAUUAUUUUCAAAACCAUUUUUAAGUGUGAUAAAAAUAAGAAAUGCAUGCCCCCAAUUAUUAACAAAUAUAUAUAUAUUAAAGUUUAUGUAUUGUAUAAAUAAGAGAAAACAUAUUUUAGUGUUAGUUAAUGAAUAAAACAAUUAUAAAUUAUAUAAUUUUUAUUUACAACUAUUUACAAUAAAUAAAUACUUUUAUCAUU